AUGGAACUUCAGUGUGUCAGUACGACGAUUUUCGUAUUUUUGCUGCUACCAACAGCAGUUACAUCAAGUGCAGAAACUUCAGAUAAUAAGGGAUGUUGUGGUGGGGUCCCAGGCGUGCCUGGUUCUCCUGGAUCAGCAGGUCCUUUGGGGUCUCCUGGAAGAGAUGGUAGAGAUGGAAGAGAUGGAACAAUUGGUGAGAAAGGUGAUCGUGGCGAAACAGGAGCUCAAGGAGGGAAAGGCGCAAGUGGCAAAAUUGGUCCUCAAGGUCCAAAAGGAGCUAUGGGAAUACAAGGCAGUAAAGGAGAUUUGGGAGGAAAAGGAGAAAAGGGAGAGGCGACUCAGCCACUAAACUGGAAGCAAUGUGUGUGGAAGAGAGGUGAUGACAAAGACUCUGGACUUAUUCAAGUAAAUUCUUUACUACAUAAUUGUUCUUUAUGAAUGCUUACACGCAUUUGUCAUAUUACGUAGGAAUGUCGC